UGCUUCUGUACGACCGGCAAUUUGCUAUUGUCUCUCGUACGUGUAACUGUGGCAGUUUUUCUGCAUGCAGCCUUGUUUUUCUGUUCUAUUCACAGAUUUGUGUUACAGUUGAGCUGUACAGGAGAACACUAAUGAGAAAUCAUGAAGCUUUGAGGACUGAAAUAAAACUGAACUGAACUCUUACCAUAGUCAGAGUUAUUGACCUAGGGUAUGAUAAACAAAUUGCUCCACAUAAGGAAGGCUGCGCAUGGUCACUACACAGUCUGAGCUAAGUAAAACGCCAGCUAUACGCAGAAGUAUAGUGGUCUGAGCACUAUAACCUAUUUUGGUUAGCCUACUUCAAUUUUAUACAAUUUUGCCCAUGACAGUCGGGGUGUCAACUGAUUCGUGCUCUGUUUCAACACCUUGAAGUCAGGGUAAUCCCUAGCAUUUUCAGUUCAUAUGUGGAAACAUUUGGGGAACCACCGAACCGGCCCGCUUCCUUUUCAACGCUGUCUGGGUGAAGAAUGACAGAGUACAAGCUGGUGGUGGUGGGGGCUGGAGGCGUGGGUAAAAGCGCUUUAACAAUCCAGCUAAUCCAGAACCAUUUUGUCGAUGAAUAUGACCCUACAAUUGAGGACUCCUACAGGAAACAGGUGGUGAUUGAUGGGGAGACAUGUCUGCUGGACAUCCUGGACACAGCAGGACAGGAGGAGUACAGUGCUAUGAGGGACCAGUACAUGAGGACAGGAGAGGGGUUUCUCUGUGUCUUCGCAAUCAACAACAGCAAGUCAUUUGAGGAUAUCCACCACUACAGAGAGCAGAUCAAGCGAGUAAAGGACUCAGAGGAUGUUCCCAUGGUCCUGGUGGGUAAUAAGUGUGAUCUGCCAUCCCGGACUGUUGACUCCAAACAGGCUCUGGACCUAGCCUGGAGCUACCGGAUCCCCUUCAUAGAAACAUCAGCCAAAACCAGACAGGGUGUUGACGACGCCUUCUACACACUAGUGCGAGAAAUCCGAAAGCACAAAGAGAAAAUGAGCAAAGAGGGCAAGAAGAAAAAGAAGACAAAAAAGACAAAGUGCAGCAUCAUGUGAAGAAUGGAUUCUUAAAGUGAACCACCUUCACAUGCACAAACACACACUAAUAUAGUAAGGACACUGUUGGAGACCACCAAAUAAAAAUGAACUCUUUUUUUUCCCUUGAAAGUGUGGCAUUACUGAACUGCACACACAAAAAAAAAUAACUCAUCCAGUUAGUGUUCAAUUGUAAAAUCCCCAUACCCCGGCGAACUGCUGCAUCAGUUUUCCUCUUGACCUUUGACCUGCGUCUAUUGGUUGAUUGUGUUCAGUUGAUAACCCAAACGUGUUACAGAAAUGGACAUGGUGCAUCUCCUCUGUGUUCCCUGCUUAAUGUGUGAUCACUGUCCCAUAUUCUUCUCACAAGGAAGAUUCAAGACUCUAGCACAUACUGUCCACUGUCUUCUCAAACACUAAUUCCCCUCACUGGAGGCUGAGCGCGGCUAAUUUAAGUCUGACUUAUGACAUGGACAUGACAGAUACGUGUUGUGUGAGAGCGUUUUCUGUCAAGAACUGUAAACAUUUUACAGCAAUCUACUGGAAUUGGAAUAUUAUGGAAUAUUGUUUGAUCAUGUGACCCCAGUCCAUGAGGUUCUGCAUAUGCUUCCGGUUGGAAAGGAGUGAUAGGUAUCCUCCCCACCAUUCUGUGGAUGGGAUUUGAGUGCUUCAUGAUUCAAGCCACUGGAUAUGAACUUGAAUGGACUGCACCAGCAUUUUAUUUUUAUGUAGUAGUCCAGUGAUUGAGGACUUUGUUUGGUUGAUCCCAGAAUAACACGCUAAAAUCUCUUACUUUUCGUUGAGGACUUGAGAGAGUUUCACAAUGACAACAUUCUUUGUCUUUUUUUUUUGUUUGUUGGUUUUUGGUGUGUGGAAUUGACACACAAGGCUCUUCCAGUUAACACUUGGUCGCUCACACGCAGUGAGCGGAAAGCAGAGACAUUUAUCGCUGCUGAGACCUCUUAAUUUUUUGCUAUUUGAUUCCUGCAGUGCACAAGCUUUUACAUUGAUGAUGUCAUGGAGCAUACUUUCUCUGUGCCGUGCCUAAACUAACAAUGCUGUAAAAUAUCUUUACUAAAAUGCAGAGGGUUGUUGUACAGUAUCACAUUUGUCUACUAUGGUAAGCUGUUAUAACCUGUUCUUAAAGAGUUUCACUGAUGUUUUGAUUUGUUUACGAGUGGUCCUUCUAAUCCUAUUUUCCUCACUAAAGUAAGAGUGUAAUCUGGAGUAGACCCCAACAGCAUUAGUGUAUGAAACUACCAAUGAACUGUCACAGUCUGAAAUGCAUUAAUGGUUGACAUUUUGUACAUAUUAUCUCAAAUGUAGUUUAUAGGUUACAGAUUUUUUUUUUUUUUUACAAUUUUGUGUCCUAAAGAAUGGUCUAUUCUUUAAAAGCACCUGCACCUACAUUAAUUAAAUUCAGUUAAUUUCAGUUAAAGUGAGAAUGCGAGAAGACUGGAAAACCUGAUCAUGUGGUUUUUUUUUUUACUUCUCUUAGUUCUCGUAGACUCCCCUUAUGCGUUGUGAUAUGCAAUAUUUACAUUGCUAAAUUGUAUUGUUUCCUAUCUAAUAUUGGUGCCAUUAAUAAAACUUUGGAGCAGUUGAUUAUUUAAA